UUGAAACAGUAGAAGAAGAAGAAGACGACAGCCUUCCAGGAAGUUAAAACCGAUAUUUAUAUAAUAUGAGAUAAUAAGAAUAUAUAAAGUUAACUUAUAAUUGUCUUUAUAAUAGUAUGGUAACCAGGUGAUUUGAGUUGCGCCUUGCUUAAGGAAAUGCCUUUGUUAAUUCAAAAUAGAGGACUUGGCCGCAUAAGCUCGACGGGGGAACUGUUCGAAAAAUAUCCACAUUUACAGGAAAAUGCAAGAACAUUUCGCUCCAAACCACUUGUGGAUGUCGACCCAAAGUGCCUCUUGUAUGUCCAACAGAGAGAGUUUGCUGCAACAACACCAGAAGACAACAGUGUUUCAGUAAUUGGAUCUGAUGAUGCCACCACCUGCCAUUUGGUUGUGCUGCGACACACUGGAAGUGGAGCUGUUUGCCUUGCUCACUGUGAUGGUUCCAGCACCAGGUCAGAAGUCCCGCUCCUUGUGAGAGCUGUCAUGUCACUAAGUAACGUCAGUAAGGAGGGCAGGCUUGAGCUGCAUCUUGUCGGGGGAUUUAAUGACGAGUCAAAAACAUCUCAUGAACUCAGCCAUAACAUACUGGCAACAUUCCAGAAACAGAAAGAGGAUAUUCAUCUGGAAACAUGUUGCAUCACAGAAAUGAAUGACAUUGUUGUUGAUGGAACUCAUAGGCCUGUAAUAUAUGGAAUUGGUGUAAAUGUUAAAACAGGAGAAGUGUUCCCUUCGUCAUUCCCUCAUAAAGGACCUGCAGAGGAGCUGCGAUCAGCAAGGACCUUCACUGGGGGACAGAUGGCUGACAUAUAUGACUCAAGUAAAGGACUUGUUAAAAUUGGCCCUUGCAAGUGGUCUCCAAAUCUGGAUAUUGCCUUCUGGUUGUCACAAAGUGAUGACACAAUUUUGAAGUACCUGUCCACCUCGCCAAUGGCUGAGCCGCCACACUUCGUCCAGCACAUGAAGUCCACCAUUCAGUUCCUUUUAGAGCACCCUAGCUCCGAUAGCCUGUUCCCCGGGGGUCAGCCACAGCUCUACCACAGGACUGAGGGGGGGGACUGGGAGAGGGCUGUCCAGUCAUAGAGCUCUUCUUCUAUCUCUCCCUCAACCUUAACAUGGAACCUGACUGCCUCUCAGCCCAAUGGACACACUGUGACUCAUCAACUCACUGUCUGUUUUUUGUUAAUUGUGUCUUAACAUGAAGGAAAGCCCCGACAGCGCCAUAUGUACAAUAUGUUGAAUGGCUCUCCUGACUCAUCUGGCUGGUCCAGCAGAGAGUAGAAGACGUUGAAGAGAUUCUGUUCAUGCCUGUUUUUUGUGAGGUGGUGUAAAGUCUGCAACUUAUACCAGCUGUUAAUUUGCAGUAAGUCGAGGUCAAUGUCCUACUGUUUUGAAUUUCGAAGGAAAUAAUUAACAUUGUUGUCUUAUGUCCAGUUAAAGGACCAUGCUUAUCGUUUUGUUUUUUGGCCUAGAAACUGUUGCAUUUCCUACCAUGCAUGCAUAUAUUUUUCAGUUUAUACUAGUACAGUUCCUCAACUUGCAGAAUUCAAACUUCAUUUAAUUGCCUAAGGUGUAUUUGUCAGCUAGUUAAUGUUGUCAGUUACUGCGUCGCAAGGAAGUCAGACUUUGCUUAUCUCAAGCAAGUUUUAAAUGUAUGCACAAUUUGUAAAUAAUUGGCUUAAAAUGUUAAACCAUGUGACCUUAAAUGUAGAGUCUAACCCACUGUUAAGUAAUAAUAACAGGUGGGGAACUUGCUGCAAAAGCAAAGAGAAGAAUAUAAUUAUUUGACACUUUCUUUAAAGCAGGAAAGAGAAUACUAAUUGCUAUGCCCUGCAUUGUUGAAGUUUUUUUUUUUUUUAAAUGCACCUUCCUGACGAGAGUGGAAUAUGAUAUUUCAUCUCUUACUCUGCAUACUGCUGUAUACCUGGCUAUGUUUUAGAAAACUGCAUGUGUAAAUGUGUAUAGUAAUCUUGUGCAAGGGAUGCUGUGAAUUCUUGUUCAAUGCAACAAAAUAUGAUUUUAUUAGUUGUUGUUGUUUAACUGUUAAACAACAACCCCAUAUACUGUAAAAAGGCCUUUUCAUCAGUUGAGUUAUUCAAAAGGUUGCGAGGUGCUUAAAGCACUGCGGUGCAACUUGUUUCUGUAACAUACUGUACUGUGUUGCUAAAUAAAUGUAAAUGGUCAAAUCUA